GAAGAAGGAAGUGUGAACUGGAGAAGCGCUCACUCCUCUUACAUUCAUCACUUUGACGAACGAACUUCCACUUGUUUUCGAUAUCCCCAUGUCUUUUUUCCCUCUUUUGUUUUUCUGAACCUUCGCUUAUCCAUCCCAAAUUUCUUUAAUAGCUCCAUGUAUCCUGGCCCUUCUGGUCCUUGCUCUCUUCGUUGACUCAUCCAUCCUUUCCACUUCCACAAUCUCCUAUCUUGUAUACUUUGACGAUACUCCCCCACCUACCCAUAGAGUUCCCUUUCCAUCUCGCGUCCUCGGUGACUGGACUCGCGUCUCUAUCAGUCCGACCGAGCCUACUUUGUUUCACAUAGCUACUUGCUGAUCCACCUAUCUAUCUCCUAUCUUUCAGAUCGACAACCCAAGAACUGACAUUUUGUGACGUGACGUUCGACGGACUCCGCUUUGAUUGUACGGAAUAGAUCGGGAGUCCGGAACAGUCACCUACCCAAACGAUCCAGUGGACCCCUCAAAACGCACCUCACUUUCGCCUUACCCAGGUGUUACUCCAAAAACUGUUUAAAGCUCAACUCCUCUUUUUCGAGACGUCACAAGGUCACACCUUGAUCACCUCAUUUCUCAUCACUCCUUCGACGCCAUUCAUUUGAUCUUUGUUUUAUUUUAUUUUAUUUCCAAAGGGGAAGAAUCAUCGCAGGAAAUAGAAGUGACAAGGGUUCCAUCUUGGCUGUCUUUCUUAAAACCACCAAGGUGUGCCUUGGGCAUUUUACGGAAAACCAUCAAAGAGAACUCCAGAUCAAGGGAAGCAAUCAAUUCACACAUUCACUGCUAUGAACGCACAAAUAACUUUCCUGGAUGGAACCCUGCGUCUCAUCCACAUUCCCCUCCCUCUCUACUCGACCUUCCUCCAACCCAUCCUCCAGAUCCUUCUUCCACCCAGCCAACCAUUACCAUCAGCAACACCCUCACCACCCGUCGGUAACUUCCACCACCAAGAUGAAACAACCUUUCUAAACAUCUCCAUCACCCCCCUCGAAUGCUCCGUCGUCUGCCCCUCCUCUUGGGCCCGCGCCGUCUUUGAGCCCGCCAUCGCGCGCCUACCAGAAGACCAGGCAAAAACGAUUUCGGUUUCCAAGGAUGCCUACGCCGUUUUUUCCGUCAUCAGCGCCGGCAUGGACGCCGGCUCGCGCGUCGUCGACUUGACUUGCCCGCUUGCCUUGGCAGGGAUCCCGAUUUUCUUCAUCACGACGUAUUACUCGGACUUCAUCCUGGUGCCGACCAAAGACAGGAGAGCGGUGGUGGAGACGUUGAGGGCCAAGGGCGGAUUUGUAUUUGUCGAGGAGGAGGGCGGAGAUGAAAACGGGUUUGAUGGGUAUGGAUCGAGGAGGGGGUCGGUGACUAUGGCGUCCGGGAUGGGUUAUCAUUAUGCCAGCGCAUCGAGUGGAAAUGGCGGGCUUAGUGGGAUGUUGACCCCAAUGAUGCCGACCACGCCGCCCCCUUCAGAUGCAGGGGAACUGCAGCUCAAGACGUUUGAGACGCUCAAGAGGCGGAACGUGGUGCCGUUUGUGGAACCCGGUUUGAGGCUGGUGCAUUGCUCGGGGAGGGAGAAGACGAGUAUCCACGGCGGCGGGGGCGGCGAGGGCGGACGUGGCCAUGGACAUAGUGGAGGCAACGGGACGGGCUACGGCGGUGAGAUUGAUGGGGAUGGUAGCGCAAAUGGCGGCGCCGGUUACUACCCGCGCAGAAGGAGGAACAGCUGGAUCGACACAGUCGACACCAAGCUGUACACGAGCAUCAUCUCGGCGCUGGUGUCGCAGCCGCGGUUCCUCUCGGUGACCCUGGCGCAAGAUGACCCCCCUUCGCUGCUGCUGGACAAGGCGCUGGUGGACAUGUUUGGCGACUCGCUGGUGGGACCGACGGAGGGCACGCUGGUGCCCAUCUUUCUCGACCUGGUCAACUUGCCGUUCGAGGCAACGGGCAUCGUUUCGGGGGUUGCCGGGAGGUUGGUCAAGGACAUGCCCAUGGCGGAGAGCGUGGAGCUGUCGUACUUGUCGACGGCGAGGGCCGGCGCUGUGAUCUUGUCCUGUGAGCAAGCCGUGACGGCUCUGGGAAUUUUGGAACCGUUGCUGAAAAGCCAGGGGUGAGUGACGCCGUUUUCGAUUGUGAUGCGUGGCUGAGAAGGACAUGCUGCGUUGGCCCGGCUUUGGGGAUGAUCGUUCAUGGUGAAAAAGGCCCAAAAGUUUGUACAAUUUCGACUCCUUCAUAUCGUGGUGUCAAAAAUCGGCGCGGCGGAGGAUAAUUUUGCGUUGGCUGUAAUCUUUGGAGAAAGUUGCAUGGUUGGACGGAGCUGCGUGGUGUUUUGGCUGCGAUGUAGCGAAUGAAUUCAUCUUGGUAUCUGCAAAAUAGGCCUUUUGAGAUCUUUAUCUCAUUAUUUUUGCUGUGGUAGUUACUGUCAGCAAUCAAAGCUGGGCAAUCCCGAGACUAUUACCAGCCAACUCAUUUCCCACCCUUCUUCUUCUUCCCUUCCUGCUUGUUCUCCUCGUCCACCAACCCCGCCCUAACAAACGCAUCCCUCGCCGCGCCGUUAAUCAGCGCGAACCUCCUCGGCCCCAACUUUUGGCCUCCAUACCACCGCGUCACCACGACCAUGGUGUCCCACAGGUCCAUCAGCUGCAUCAAAUGUAGCAGCCUGCCGCCCGCCGCCGUCUCCCCGUCGUCGUCGCAGUCCUGGAACGACGUGCCGUUUGGCCCGCGGAUCCGCCACGCCGUGAUGUUGUGCGUAGCCGCCCGGACCCGCUUGUCCGACGCCAGCAGGUGUUGCAGGUACUGCGCCGCCUGUUGCGGAGAGGUAACUGGCGCGCAGCGGGCGAUGAAGGUCGAUUUGAGUUCGAUCAUGGGAAGGGAGAGCGUCCAGGGAGGUUCGGGGCCAAGGAGAUCUCCUCCCCCCCCUCCUCCUGUCUGUGUAUCAUGAGUUGCUGCUGUUGCGUCAUAUGAGGAUACCCUCUUUCCAUUUCCUUCCUCCACGUCCUCCUCCUCCUCCUCAUCCUCCUUCUCCGCCGUGGUGACUGCGGCUAUGAGUUCCUUCACUUGCUCAAUGGCAUCAAACAGACAGACUUGGCCCGGCUCGUACACCUCGCCGACUGCGUCGCGGAAGAGAGCCAGGUCUCGAGCAGCGGCGCCGCGCUUAGCAUGCUCGCCGGAGGAGUGGGUGCCGAGAACGACGGGUGGUUCAUCGGGGUAGGCUGGGGGGAACUGCAGACGCAGGGUGGAUGAGGUGAUGUCGCCGGGGAGAGUCAGGAUGUAAGUGGCGGGUGAGUCGUCGUCGGAUGGGGAGAGAGUGCCGUCGCCGUAGAUGGAGUUGAUGGCCUCGAGCUCGUCGGCUAGUUGUUCGGACAUUGUGAUGUCUCGUGUGAGCGCCGAGCUUCACACCGUCCGUUUUGUUUGCUGCCUGGGCUGUAAACUGCUUUCACUUAAUGUGAGGCGGUGGUCAUUGAGG